AUGGCCUCAUCAAAGGAAAUGCAACAAACUUCGCGGCCGCUCACCCACCGCCCCUCGGUAUCCACCAAUUCGAUAUCCGGUGGCCUGAAUGCUACCCGACAAUCCCAUUCUCGGACCAAUUCCCACUCUGUGCUGUCCAGCUCACUUAACGCCAACCACCGCGUCACUCGCCGCAAGAGCAUGAACAGCACCGUCACCAACGUGGCAGCAGUUGCGGCCGCACUCAAUGAAGCCGGUGAUAGAGCUAUGCCCCUGCCCAUCGCCCUCGGAUCUCGCCGGAACACAAUGUCCAAACACGGCUCCGGCCGCUCCGCCAUCACCGGCAGCCUCCCCUCGCCGCCGGGGAGCCUGCACAUCCACAGAUUUGUGACAGGAGAUGGAGUCGUCCACAUGCAAGACAGCGCUAUUGAUGACGACCCCAACGACAUGUCUGCCGACGAGGGAGAUAGCACUUUCCAGAAGGCCCGCAUUAGGAGAGCAAGCGAUGGUCAGCCUCUUGUCAAGGAAGGAAGGAAGAACCGCCCCGAACUUCAUUGUGAGAAGUGUGGCAAGGGAUACAAGCAUAGCAGUUGCUUGACCAAGCAUUUGUGGGAGCAUACUCCGGAGUGGUCCCUCACAUCCAAACUUCUCAUCUCGAAGCACCAACAAGUCCAGUUGCUCGAGGCUGCUUCGGUUCUGGUGGCAAUGAACGGCACCGCGAAGGACUCAGCCACCCCUCCGGAUUCGGCGAGAGAUUUCAACAGCGACCGGGACUCUGCCUCCCCCGCCGCGUCUGCCGACUCUGAGCCCCAGGAUCGCAGCUCUGCGGACACAACCCCGCCGCCGCAGCCAGAGUCGCUCAACGCCGGCUACGGCAUGUCCUAUCGGGCAUCGUCAAAGAGACAUAGCAGCGGCAGCGGUUUCGGUCGGUCGUACCAGUCAGCACUGUCGACGAGCUCCGUCGCAGGCAGCGUGCCGAUAGGGUCUGGCUUUGGCCAUUUCCGCCAACACAGCCAUGACCAACGCCCACCGUCAUCAGGGAGGAAUGCGACAGGCCAGGAUGACCGCGAUCUGGCUGCGGCGGUAGAACUGCUCAGCUGCAGCUUCAAUAGCAACGGCGGCUCCCGGGCGGUGCACCUCCCACCAGACGCCCCACCAGUGCCGCCCCUUCCUGCGCAGUACCUCGACCAGUCCGUCCUAACGGGGACAAGCUUCAUUAAUAGCUUCCCAAACAAGGCUCCAGAGAGCUUCACUCGUGGCGAGCUGCGCCGGGACGACGUCAAGAUAGAAGAAAGCGGCGAAAGCGUCAUGGAUGACGACGACGACGAUAUGCAGUCCCGGGCUCGAAGCGACGAGGACGACGAUGGAGUCUUUGGGCGAAUGGAAGAAUAA